AUGAGUCUCCUUACCAGAUGGAGCGCUUCACGCCCCUUAACAAAAGCCCAAAGAGUUGUCCAUUUCCCCGGUAACCCGUUUCUCUACGCCCAAGUGCGCAAUGGGUCGCUUUCUGCGAUACAUCGCGGCAUUUGGCGUUCUGACAAGGCGCCACGCAACGACCGUACCGACCGCGCCUCCAGGCCUACUUCUAGACCUUCUAGGCCUGCCUCCAGGUCGCGAUUGACAGAGUCUCGAGGUCGCAGCCGACCGAGAGAUGCAACCGAAUCUAAGCCCGACGCUUUCAGCGAUCGAUUCUCUCGCGCUAUUGGCAAUCGUCGAGAUGGCCCUCGAGACCGCGAACCGCGUCAUUACAAGCCCAAGAAGGCCUUCCAGAAGAUGCAAGAGAGAAUAAAAGAGCAAGAAGAAGAGGGAGGGAGAAAAUCCCGGAGCAAGAGGUUCAACAACCCCGAGUUCUCGUUUGGAAAGAAGAGCCUGGUUUACCAACUCAACCGUGGCGAGUUGAAGGAUAAGGUUGGCAAACUACUGGAGAAGAAUGGUCCAAAAGAGGAAGAGUCUUACAAGUCACCUGCCCAGCGUGACCGUCAAGAUGACCACUUCAACAAUGACCACUUCAAGGAUCGCCAAGGCGGCCGCCAGCGCGACCAAGACCAGGAUCGCCGUCUAGGUCGUCAAAGCGACCGAUUCCAGGAUCGCCGCCCGGAUCGUCAACACGACCAGUUCGUAAACCGCCGUCCGAACCGCCGAGAUGAUCAAUCAGAGCGGAGGCCAGGUUUUAUGCGAGAGCGUAUGAACUCCAUGCGGGAGGGUGCCCGUAGAGAACUCGAGGGUGUGUCUCCUCGGCGGUUUGGAUCAAGAGAAUCAGAACAUGAAGCAUCCGCCACAACGUCAGAAUCUCGUGGCAUGGUUCAGUAUACGACUGCGGCAUCACAAUUUCUCUUUGGUCGUUCGGUCGUCAAGGCAGCACUGAAGAAUUCGCAACGCAAACUCUACCACCUCUACCUCUACCAGGGAAGCAACAAGAAGGAAACCAAGGACGACAACUGGAUCUUGUCCAUGGCGGAAAAGAAGAAGGUCAAGGUCACUAAGCUAUAUGAAAAUGGCCAGCAGUUGCUUGAUAAAAUGAGCAAGGGUCGACCUCACAACGGCAUCGUGAUGGAGACAUCGCCGCUGCCUCAGUUGCCAAUCACAGGUCUCGGCGCAGAACACAGCGAGCCUCAGGGCUACCCCGUCUUCGUGGCGCGCCAGUCCAAGGAGGACAUCGAGAUCAACGGAACCGAGGGUCUCAUUCCUUACAAGCCCGGUACCGCCCGGCCGCUUGUGCUUCUUCUGACCGAGAUUCUGGACCCUGGCAACCUUGGUGCCAUUCUCCGGACAGCCCGGUUCCUCGGUGUUUCCGCCGUUGCUAUUACGAAGAGGACAUCGUCAUCAAUCACAUCUACCGUCUUGAAGGCCUCAGCAGGCGCUUCUGAGGAGUUGAAGCUGUUCUCCGUAGAGGACCCAGGAGCUUUUCUUCACGCAUGCUCGACCGCAGGAUGGACCUCGUAUGCCGCAGUCGCACCGACGCCUGGGUUGCGUAGAGACAAUCGCCAGUGGACACCAGAACGCAUCGAGGAGGCGAAGCCUCUCCUUUCGGAGCCUUCCAUUCUUGUUCUUGGAAACGAGGGCACCGGUCUCCCGUAUGAUAUCAGGAAAAAGACCACCCACGAAAUAACAAUACCACGAAUGGCGACGUCAAGCUCGGUCGACAGCUUGAAUGUCAGCGUAGCCACGGCGCUACUCUGCAACUCAUUCCUCAGAGGCACGCAGCAGCCCAGCAGUCUUACAGAGAGGCUGCAGAAAGAAGCUCACAGGGCAGAUGCCGGCGAAAGCAUGUUUUAA